AAAAUAUCUCACAACUGGGCAAAAGACCUCGGCGCGCACAUAAUAAUAUACUCAUGCUCUUUCAUUGAUCGCAGAGUAUGUAAACACAGGCCGACUCACGUUGGAAAUAGCAGCUCACGUGUGCACCACGGUACGGUACACACGGAGUCCCAAUGAGCAGUUCUAUCUCGCUCUCCUUCGCAGUUGGGUUCAGUGUUGACAUUUCGCAGCCCCGGAGUAAAGGCGUGAAAGACCCAGCAAAGAAGGGAGGAUGGUAGUCGGUAGUUGUAUACUAGCCUUGUGGUAUACUUGAAGUGGGAUACGCGUGGCUAGUUUGGUCGCUCAGCUCUGGUUGGAAAUCAUACCACAACUUCUCAAGACGCCCUGAGGAUUAUAUAAAGGAUUUAUGUAGUUUACGAAUCAGGAACUGGACGUCGUGCUCGCCGGAGGAGUAGGGUGGGGGUCUGGUCGCUAUGGGGCAACGACAGACACGCCAGAAAGUCGACAAGGGAUUGAAACUCUACAAUGCGAGGAAAACGGAACAAGCUGUCCAUGAGUGGAAGAGGGUGUUGUCGAAGGUGAAAGAGCCCCGGCUGAGGUUUGAGGUGCUGGGGCACCUGGCACAGGUGUACGGGGAAUGGGGCUUUGCCCGGGAGAAGAUGCAUUAUGCCGUGCAGCAGAUGGACAUCGCUUCCGAACUCGAGAGCGACGAACUCAAAUCGGAGUCGUACCUAAACCUUGCGAACUCGAACGAGAGGUUAUGCGAGUACCACAAGUCGCUGUCCUACGCCCGACACAGCCUGGCUACCGCCAUGAGCUCGGGUGAAGGGUCGUCCAAGCUGGGGUAUGUAUAUCUGGCACUGGCUGCUUCCAACCUUGGCUUCAGCAGCUUCAAAGACUCUUUGGAAAACCUUGAGAAGGCCGUGAAGAUGGCCAUCGAAGCGGAAGACCAGAUGCUGGAGUGCGAGGCUUAUGGUUGUUUAGGGGAUGUAUACAAAUGCCUCAAGGAUUACGACAGGGCGUUGAAAUUCUAUGUCAGGGCCAGGGAGUUGGUUAGGUGUCGGGGGCAGGACUGGCCACCAAGGCUGAAGACGCAUGCCUAUCUGCACAUGGCUACAGCCUAUAGGAGUAUGAGGAAACUGGACAUGGCCAUGGACUGCGGAGAGGUGAGUUCACUAAAUCUUGGUAAAAUGAUUUGA